UACGGCUGUCGACCGGUUGCUAAAAAAUCAAAAUUUCCAGUGGUGGUAUUCUCUGUUGGUAUACUUCACACAAGUAUUAUUAUUAAUUAAUGAUGUGUUAAAUACUUAAAUCUAACAUCAUAUAAUUAGGCAUGAUAAAUUAAGCAUUGCAAGUCAAAAUGUGUAUGGUCACAAAUCCUUUUGACCAAUGCAUUAAAGUUGAUAAUUUAUUUUGUCAACUAAUUUUUGCAAGAUAAGUUGUAAUACUUCGUGGUAUACAUAAUUGUCGGAAAGGUGGCUUUAUUGCAAAUGAUGUUCCCAUGUUUAGUAUUCAUCUAGUUAAUUGAUCAUUUUUCAUAUAUUUUUCCAUGUAGCUUUGGUUGGGGUUAUGUUGGCAUUAGCUUGGAUCAUUAGGAUAUUCUUUAGCAUCCAGAAGAGGAAACUUAUGAAGCUACGAGAGAAGUUUUUUGAGCAAAAUGGUGGUGUGCUUCUCAAACAAAAACUGAAUUCACAAGACGAUACUUACACCAUGACUGUAUAUAGCAUCGAACAACUUCGAAAAGCAAUCGAUAACUAUUCAAAUGAGCGAAUUGUGGGGCGAAGAGGUUUUGGGGUUGUUUAUAAAGGAGUACUGUCGGAUAAACGCGUUGUUGCAAUAAAGAAGUCUAUUUCGGUGGGUAAGACCGAAAAGGAACAAUUUAUCAAUGAGGUAUUGGUAAUAACGAAAAUCAUCCAUGGAAAUGUCAUUAAACUGUUGGGCUGUCGUUUGGAAGAUAAGGUACCGAUACUAGUGUAUGAGUUCAAUCCCAAUAACACACUUUUCCAUCACAUUCAUAAUGAAGAGGGUGGAACGAGUUGGUCAUCAUGGGAGACUCGAUUGAGGCUUGUUGCAGAAGCUGCAUCUGCACUUGCAUACCUUCAUUCUCAUGCCACCACCCCCAUCAUGCACAGAGGUGUCAAGUCUGCAAAUAUAUUAUUAGAUGAUGACUUCAGUGCAAAAUUGUCUGAUUUUGGUAUUUCCAUGUUGUUUUCUAUAAAAGAAGAAAAUGUCAACACUGUUGUUCAGGGCACACUUGGGUACUUGGAUCCUAAGUACCAACACACACACACACAAUAUAAACGAAAAGAGGCAUGUGUAUAGCUUUGGGGUGAUCCUUGCAGAACUCGUCACCAGUAAAAAAUAAAAAAUAAAAAAUAAAAA